GUCUCCUCUGAGACCAAGCAGACGUGAUCUCUCUCUUCACCUGAUAAACCUAAACUCUGAGCUUCAGCUAUGGCUCUGGAAAAGGCCAUUUCAGAUCUUGUGGAACUGUUUCUGAGUUACGCUGACGGCGAUGGUAAGCUAAGCCAGGAUGAGCUGAAGAAGAUGUUGGAGAAGGAAAUUGAAAACCCUGAAGUCAAAGAAAAAAUGACUAAAGGUGACUGUGACAAGAUCUUCGGGAAGAUGGAUAAGAACUGCAGUGGACAGAUCGAAUUCAGAGAGUUCGUUAUGUGUGUGGGCAAGAUGCUCAAAUGCCACUACCACAAGAAGACAGGCAGGGUCCAAGAUGAUGAUGGAGGCUGUCAACAAGCUUGCAAAUGAAACCAUUAAAGAACUGCCAUAUAAAAAUGUAAAACAAAAAAUGUACAAAUGGCAUAUGUGACACUGCCUACUUACUGCCAAAUCUAUCCUGAGUUAGAAAUUCCAAAAAAAGUGUCCAUUCAAUACUUACUGAGAAACAAAUAAAAAAAACUAUUAAGUUUAA